AUGGUUGCUCUCGUGCAGUACAACGCGAUGGGAUCACAGCAGCCCCCGAAGGACUUCGACUGGGGCUUUCUUAUACAGCCGGACAAGAGUCCCUCACCCAGACUCGAGCAGCUAUGUCUAGGCCUCGCCAGUGUCAUUUCUGAACUCGACCCUUCAUCUUCUACAAAAGAGCUUACGCCUGAGAAACUGGCUGCCUUCUAUCGUGCUGUCGGAGGAAACUAUGAUAGCUUGUUUCUGAAGACUCCUAGUGCCUCUCUUUCGUUUAUAUACCAGUCUCUGGGAUGCUUCCAUACCCUCCAGCCGACCAAGAAUGCCUUCGAGGCACCGUCUAUUCCAGCCUUGCUGCCACAUGGCUAUAUACGAUGGCAGACAAUCCAGCUCUUGCUAUGCCCCGAAGAACAUGCCCCUUUUCUCCAGAGAGCAGUGGAAAUGUUUGAUAUAGUUGAUGUUCAUGAAGGAUUCUUGCUUCCCAAGAGCAUUCCAGCGUCUGCUUUCCCCUCACAACCAGAUCCUGAUAUGGUCAGAUGGCAUGAAACUGUCAGUAAUCGUCUAGAAUCAGAGUCUGCUUCGACAAGUCCACAUACACGACCACCUAGUAAUGCGCAUCCUUCUUCGUCUACACGAACUCGUCAGUCAAGGCCAAACGAAGACGAAGGUGACUACUUCAGUCAGAGUCAUUACUAUUCACCUGCUGGUAGAAAGGGCCCUGCUACAUCGAGGCCGGGCUCUAAGGAACCGCAUGGUCGUGUCCCACACCCCUUACGGUAUGCCGAAGCAGCCAAGUAUACAGGAGACCCGGGACCCAAGACAGCUGGCUAUGAGCGACCUGCACAGGCGCCUCGAUCCAAAACUUCAUACCAUUAUCGUGGACAUUCCAGCCCGCCGAGUGCGUACAGACGGUCAUGGGCACACCCCGAAUCAUCAGAUGAUGACAACGAAGGAGCUGCUCCCGCCGAAGAUAUUCGUGCACACCAUCAGAGCCGAACCAGUGAACAACGAUAUGACCAGCAGCAUCCUCUCCAUGACGACGACAUGUUUCCUCCUCAUUCUUCCCAUGCAAGACAUCAUUCUCAUGAAUCCAUGCAUCGCCAACGACAACAUUCAUAUCAACCCAUGCACGAGACACCAAGGAGGAGAAUAGACGAAGAAGGGCCCGAGAUUUACUACUCCUACCCUCCAUCAAAACAUAUUCCCGAAAUCAAACCAACAACAACCUACGGCGACGAUGAGACAGCAAACGCAUUCCCUUCGCCAAAGCAGCACAGCCACCACUUCCACCCAAGAUAUGUAGAUCUAUUCGACGACGAUGGUAUGAUCAACUUCAACCACUCCUCUCCCAGCGCUCAACGAGGCUCAAGGGCCAGCAACCUGGCAGAACGGUCUCAUCAUCACCCGGCUGAAAACACACACAUGUCCCCUCCGAUAUCCCCUACAACAAUAGAGCCAUACGGCGAAUCAAUACAUCCAGAUCAUCGAUCACACCUGCACCGACACCAAUCCCUCCGCGAUCCCAGACAUAGGAAAGCAAGAGGUCGGAGGAGCGUUGAGAUUCGUCCUCGCUCUCACUCUCGCGAAUCCCCGUCUCGUCGCCAGCAUCAUUACUAUCAGGACUACAGACAUCCAGAUGACCAGAUCCAUUCAUCUCGAAGCGCCAGGGAGCGAGGACGAGAGCGAGGACGAGAUCGAGACCCGGAACGCUCCCGGUCCCGUCCGCGAAGAGGCGAAGAUGAAACAUGGAGCGAAAGCGAUAGCAGCAUCGAAACCUCAGACGACGAGUACGAUAUUCCCGUCCCAGCUGCACAAGCACAGGGGCAACCGUCCGCCUCAUCAUCGUAUGCGCCUCCAGCGCCCAUGCCCCCCACCGCGGGUCCGAUACCAAUAGUAAAUUCUAGCGGGGCGACACGGGAAACCAGCAGGCGAGCGAAAUAUGCUGCGAAGUUGGAAUCUACGAUUAAGAACGGGCUGAAGAGUUCCGGUAGCGGCAAGGAGAAGAGGAGGAAGAAUAGGAGCAGUAGUGAGGCGCAAUAUGGUGGUUAUUCAGGGGCUCGACCACGGUCUUGGUCUGCGCACCGGAGACGAAGUUAA